UGAAAAAGAAGUGUACUUUGGCCAAUCACGGGAACCGGAAGUUGGUCACGUGAUAAACUCGUUGGCUCGACACUUCCGCUCAGCUUCUCGAGCAACAACUUGAAGACCAGGUUGAAACUUCAGCAGGAUUGCAGUCCACAGCUCUCCCUGCUCAGUUCUGGCGCUAUCCAAAUUGCGAGCUCACGACACAGGCGUCAAUUGAAAGCUCUAUCCACCCUCUCAAGCAAUAGAAUCUGUCGACUAGCCUGUUGCCACCAUGCUUCCUGCUCCGCAGCGGCACUCUUCCAUGCUGGGGCCAGCCCCUGGGCCUCCGGCGGCUCAUGUGCCUUAUGCAGGGGAGUCAUCAGUGCCAGGAGCGGCUGGACACAAGUUUGAUGUUCCUGUCGAUGGACCGGCAAAGCAUACCAAUGAUCCGUAUGUCACCGGAACGUCUGUCCUUGGGAUCAAGUACAAGGAUGGGGUGCUUAUAGCGGCAGACACGCUGGCAUCCUAUGGCUCAACCAUUCGGUAUAAGUCGAUUGAACGCCUGCACAAGGUGAACGACCACACACUGCUAGGGGCGAGCGGAGAAAUAUCUGACUACCAGUACAUCUCAAACCUUCUAGAGGAACUUGCCACGGAUGACUUUAACCACGAUGAUGGUUUGCAAUUGAAUCCAAAGGAGAUAUACGCUUACUUGACGCGGGUCUUGUACAAUAGGCGAAACAAGUUCGAUCCGCUGUGGAACUCGCUGGUCAUUGGGGGCGUCAAAAACGGCAAAAGCUUCCUGGGCGUAGUGGGCAUGAUUGGCGCCGCUUAUGAGGACGACCACGUUGCCACCGGGUUCGGCAACCACCUGGCACGGCCCAUCUUCCGUAGCGAGCACCGGCCUGACAUGACCGAGGACGAGGGCGUGGCCCUGCUGGAGAAGUGCUUGCGGGUACUCUACUACCGCGACAAGCAGAGCAUCAACAAGGUUCAAGUCGCCAAGGUUACGGAAAAGGGCAUCGAGAUAUCGCGGCCGUACGCGCUCGCCUCGGAGUGGAGCUACCAGGCGUUCGUGGACCCCACAAAGGGAGCCGAAGGGUCUUGGUGACCGAAGUACAACAUCGAUGAAGCGGUCCUUUUGUCUGUACGAAACGGUCAGAGUCCUACCAUGCCUCUCUGAUACGAAGAGGGCGUCUGAUUCAAAGGUCCCUCGAAGACGUUCCGUCAAUGGAACCGCGUCUUUUCUAUCGCUUAUCCUCAGAAGCAAGUUUCAUUCACUCGGUUCGCAAGUCAUGCGGGCAGUUGAGAACCUAUGCUUAUGUUGAUGGGCAAUUUUAUCCUGGUCCCCCUAUUCUGCAC